AUGACCCCGGAAGAAUUCAAGAGCUUGAAUUCCAAAAAUACUGAUAGUUUCAAAGUAGCGAUUGACAUGACGAUACAUGUUGUCCCACUUUCACCAACUGCCCGCUUUUUGGCGACUCAAUUAUCUUCAGAAUCAUUUCGCCCAAACAUCCUCUUACCCAAGCAUCUCUUGAAACCGUUUUUGACUUCAGAGUCAACCAUAACAUAUAUCAAUGAGAUAUCACCGCUGAAUUCUUUUCAGAGAAAGCAUACCUACCCAACAUCCUCUACGAGGUACUUGGAAACAAUUUCACGCAUCAGUGCCGCUGCAACAUCACAGAUUUCAAUUGCAUUACCUUCAUCACAGAUAAGGCCGAUAUUCAACUCGGAAUCUAUUAAGUUUAUACCGCCUCCAAAUUCAGAUAUAAUCAUUCUGGAUCCACAUUUUGGUCAAGCUGAAAAAUAUGUUAGUUCAGUGAUGUCAAAUUUCCAGAUAUCCGCUUCAUCACCCUACGACUUACGGUCACUGCCGAGAUUUUGGUCAAUAGUAUCAACACAUUUACUAGCAGAUGCACCUUCAUGGGGAAUAAAACACCAAUCGGUAGGCGAGUUUAUAGUGUCACCCAUAUUACCGUUUGCCAAUGAUUCUCGGACGGAGAUAGAAUUGAUCAACUCUUCUGACGUGAUGAAGCAAAUUUUAAAUACACCCACUUUAUCUCCCCAAUAUGAGCCAUAUUUAAAGACAAAACUUUUACUCCUCGAGCAACUUAUAAUAGAAGCUGCACUUUGCUCAAUAAUAUACACGGACUAUUCUUCUAAGUACGAGGUAUUAAGGUCGCACUCGAAGUCUAGGUCUUUUGCCUCGAAUAAUGAUAUCUAUUCUGAUGUUGAAGAUAGUGUUUCAGCAAAAUCUUUAGUCCUUAAUAUAAUUGACGAAUGCAUUGCUGUUUUGAGAAAGCAUGAGCCUGUGCUGGAGUUAGAAAAGACAACUCCAAUGCUUACCGCGGUGCUAUCUAGGGAAAGACUAUUCAAUCUCACCUUGAACAUACUACAAAAUGAUACAUCUUUACCGAAUUUGAAGCACUAUAAGCAGUUGAUGAACGAAAGUUUUUCAAACUAUACGAAUGACGAUCAACAGAAAACCGAAUCACCACAUUUCCGGAAUCCAGCUAGAGCUAACAGAUUUAUUUUCAAAUUAGGUUUGCAAGUUGGUGUCAAAACCCCAUCCAAUAAUUUUGUUUGUGAUAAUUUGAGUGCUCAAUACCCUGAAAUUCACAUACACGACGACGACCCUUAG